GGGACCGGUGUGCAGUGGAAGGGCGAGCGAAGCAUAAACCACAAGAAAAUAACAGACCUGCCAGGGGAACGCUGCCGGAUUUCUCGCCUUCCUUUAUGUCACGAAUAGACGCUACAUUUUAGAGGAAUACUUGGUUUCACGGGGAUGCGUGACUAACCUGCAAGAAUUCAGAGCCAGAUUCUGGAGAGUGACUGUGACAAGCUCUACGCUAGUGGUGGUGCUUCUGUGACCGGAGAAGACUCUUCUAAACCAAGAUAUGGAUAACGAUUUCCAGAUGGCAAGGCAGUGACUUCAGCGGAGCCCUGUCCCGGCCACAGCGCCCCCUCUCGGCCCGGGCGGCCCGCCAUGCCCCGGCCGUGAAGGGAUACCACGUGAGCCGCAGCCUCUCCCAGCACUCCUCAGGGCCAUGCCACUGUACGCCCGAGGACUGCGACGUCCCGCGGGACUACAUGCCCCACCCGACGGACCACCGCGGCGCCGUGGAGCUCUACCAGGGGCACGGAGAGCACUCCUACUACCCCCCAGGGGCGCCCCCCGAGCCCCUGGCCCUGCCACCCUCCGGAGGGGGCACCUUUCCCCGGGCGCACCCGAGUCAGCAGGCCUACGACUCCUGUGAGGAAUGCCUGGCGUCCGGAGCCGGGGGGCACCCGUCGGCGGGCAAGAUGCACCGCAUCCCGCCCAACCUGCUGGACCAGUUCGAGAAGCAGCUGCCCUUCCACCCGGACGGCUUCCACACCCUGCAGUACCAGCGCACGGCCAGCGGGGAGCAGCGCAGUGAGAGCCCCAGCCGCAUCCGUCACCUGGUGCACUCAGUCCAGCGGCUGUUCGCCAAGUCGCACUCACUGGAGGCGCCGUCCAAGCGCGAGUACAACGGGACACGCGAGUACCGGGAGAGGGGGGGCCACCGGGGCGGGGGGGACGAGCCCUCCCAGCACUACGGCUCCCAGCACGUGUCCCGCUCCGCCCGCCGGAGCAAGAGCCGUGAGCGCAGCAAGAGCGGCGACUACCGUCGCGAGUCCCGGCACGAGUCCCGGCACCGCAGCAGGACGGCCGGCUGGUGGAGCUCCGACGACAACCUGGACAGCGACAGCAGCUUCCUGGUGACGGCGGCCGCCAUGGGCGCCCGGGGGGGCCGCGGGAUGAUCCAGGCCCACGAGUCUCUGGACGGGGCCAUCCAGGACCUCACCCUCAAGAGCCUCAAAGCCAAGGGAGCCCCGGGGGAAUGCUUGGCCUGUACCAACACCGGACACUCCCUCAAGAGGAGCACCUGGUCCACCAUGACGGUCAGCCAGGCCAGAGAGGUGUACCCCCCUCACAGAGCCGGGUACGACAAGGCGUUGGUGCCCCUGGAGUCCAAGGUGAAGGAGCGUAGCUACCACUACCUUCAGGUUCCCUCUGAUGACUGGGGUGGGGGGUAUCCGGGCGGGGGCACGGACAGUGGAGGAGAGAUCCCCUGUCGCAGAAUGCGCAGCGGAAGCUACAUCAAAGCCAUGGGGGAUGACGACAGCGCUGAGUCGGACGCCAGCCCCAAGGCUUCGCCCAAGACCGCCAUCAUCGCCCAGAGAGAGGCCUUUCGCCGCUCCAUCAGCAUGGAUCACCGCGCCUCCAGCUCCAAAUACUCUUGUAAACAGUGCACUGACGCCUACUCCAACAGCCGCAGCACAGCCAAGGGACACACGCGUUCCCGGAGCUACACGCGUUCUCUGACCAGCUCGCAGCUGGGCGACGCGCUCAAUCGGCAGUUCGAGGCGGUGUGCGAGACGGUGUUUGGGGAGAUGGAGUCCCAGGCCGUGGAGGCGCUGGACCUGCCCGGGUGCUUCCGGACCCGCAGCCACAGCUACGUACGAGCCAUCCAGGCCGGCUGCACCCAGGACGAUGACUGCCUGUCUGUCUUCUCCCUGUCCGGCCCCAAGGGAGGGCCCAAGGGUGGAGCCGUGUUUCCGCACAGGAAGGCGCCCCCGCCCCUCCCACCCCGGAUUUCCAAGCCCCUGAUUUCGGUGACGGCGCAGAGCAGCACAGAGUCCACCCAGGAUGCGUACUUCCAGAGCACGGGGCAGCCAGCUCCAGGACGUCCCAAACAGCACAGCAACUCCCUGGAUGGCCUCGAAGUGGGUGGUGGGGGGCGGUCCUCCAGGGCAGAAUACUACCAAGGGUCAGGCACCGGGCGUACUAAACACAGCAACUCAGCCGAGAGCCUCGACGGCCCAAGGGGGUCCAGGGAGAUCUCAUACCAGGGGGGGGCCAUGAGGGCCAAGCACAGUAGCUCUGCUGAAAACCUGCUGGAGGGGGGAGGCAGGGUGACCCGGGAGAGGGUGGGAGGCAGCCUGGGGAAGUCAUCCUCCCUCCCCCAAAACAGCAUAUCCUUAAGCAAGGGACCCUCCGCGGGGGCAGAAGAACACAAGCAAGAGGCCCGCGGGCGCAAGUGGAGGCCCUCCAUCGCGGUACAGGUGGACAGCUCAGAGACUUUGUCAGACUCAGAUACAGAAAGCAAAGUUCUGCGGGAGGUGCACUCCAUCGGGGUCCAGGUGGAAGAGGAUAAGAGACGGGCCCGCUUCAAGCGCUCCAACAGCGUGACGGCGAGCGUCCAGGCAGACCUGGAGCUGGAGGGCUUCCCAGGGGUGAGCACCCAGGACAAGGCCCUGCAGUUCGGCUGCUCCUUCCAGCGGCACUCGUCGGAGCCGGAGUCAGCGAGCCAGUACGCGGAGUACCGCACGGUCCACACCCAGGGCCAGUGGGCCUACCGCGAGGACUACCAGAGCGGCUAUGCCACCGAGCCCUGUGUCAUCGACCCCCGCGUCCGCGCCCACUCGCCCCUGCCCCUGGCCAUCGAGCGGGGCUGGUCCGAGGGGCCGCGCAGCCUGCCCGACUCCGGCCGAGCCUCCCCCUGCCUCCGCGACGGCGAGUUCUUCCUGCGUCUGCUGCAGGUGGAGGUGGAGAGGAUGGAGGGAUGGUGCCAGACCAUGGAGAGGGAGGCGGAGGAGAACGACCUGCCUGAGGAGAUUCUGGAGCUGAUCCGGAGUGCCGUGGGCAGCGCCCAGCUGCUGAUGUCCCAGAAAGUCCAGCAGUUCUUCCGGCUCUGCCAACAGAAUUUGGACCCCACAGCAUACCCCCAGCCCAGCUCUCAGGACCUGGCCGGGUUCUGGGACUUGCUGCAGCUGGCCAUGGAGGAUGUGCGGGUCAAGUUCCAGCACCUGCAGCGGCUCAAGGACUCGGGCUGGAGGCUCCCGCCCGACAAGAAGGAGGAAAAGAAGCCUCCUCCCCUUUUACCAAAGAAGCCAAGUGGAGGUGUGAGCGUGGGCGGGGUUGAAGGUGUGAGUACUGCAGGGGGCGGGGCCGGGGGUGGCGGGGUGUUGGUGGUGACCCGUGGUGGGCGGGCGCUGCCCCUGCGGGAGAAGUCUCUGGACCUGGGCGACCGGCAGCGGCAGGAGGCACGCAGGAGACUGCUCCAGGCCAAGCGAGCAGCCUCCUUCCGGCAGAACUCCGCCACGGAGAGCGCCGACAGCAUCGAGAUCUAUAUCCCCGAGGCCCAGACCCGGCUGUGA